AUGAAGUCUAUGCUGGAACAGAUUCUGGAAGGUCAGCAGAAGCUCACCGUGGACUUUAAUGGGAAGAUGGAUGCUCUCUACCUCGAUCUGAAUGGAAAAAUCGAAGUUCUGAACACCCAUGUCAAGCAGCUCGAUACACAGGUAGCCCAAACUGCAGGUUCUGUUAAAAGGCAAGAGGGUUUUCUUCCUGGGAAGACUGACACCAAUCCAAGGCAUCACUGCAGUGCUAUCACGUUGAGGACUGGUAAAAAUCUGAGUUCUGAGCCCACGAAGACGCCUCCUGCACCUGAAGUCGUGGACUUAGAAGAUUCUGAAGAAAUUCCUGAGAUUGCAGAGCCGGUGACGAGCGACACCAUCACUAGUGUCGCGCGUCACCAAUUGCAGAGCGAAGCUGUUGAUAUUCCGAAUCCGAAAUCUGCAGAGGAGAAAGUCUACAAACCUAAAGUUCCUUACCCAAGGAGCCCUAGGAAGUCCAAGCAAGAGCUUGAUGAUGCACGAUGCAAAGCUCUGAUGGAAAAGCUUGUGAUUGAGAUACCUUUGGUUGAUGCUGUAAAAAUCACUCCUGUCAUCAGACGUUAUGUGAAGCGAAUGGUAACCAAUAAUCUCAGCCAUGAACAGGGAGUGAUGAUGAUAUCUGAGCAAGUCAGUGCAGUGAUUCAGAACCGAAUUCCAGAGAAGCUUGUUAAUCUCAUGCCCUAUUCGGUAGCUGUCAAUCUCGGCAUGACUUAUUUCAAGCCAACAAGGAUCUCCCUCAUCCUAGCUGAUCGUUCGACAAGGAUACCUGAAGGGGUGCUAGAAGAUGUUCCAAUCAAGGUUGGAGACUGCAUGAUACCGACUGACUUUGUGGUUUUGGAGUAUGGAGAGGAGCCUAAAGAUCCUCUUAUCCUUGGGAGACCUUUUCUAGCUACAGCAGGUGCUAUUAUCGAUGUCAGGAAAGGCAGGAUUGCUCUGAAUGUUGGAGAUCUGAGUUUGCUGAGGAGUUUCUCCAUGAGAUGCUGCCUACAGACCCACUUGAGAGAGCUCUGA